CGCCUGACCCCUUACUUCUACGCUUCCAGUUGCGGCUUAUUAUGUUAAUUAUGUCACAGUGAUUGCUGUACUAGGGUCGGAAUCGCUACCUGAGGCCCGAAUAUGAGCGCAAGAUAGUGCCUAAAAGAGUCGCAGGAAGAGGCCCCGUUCCCUCACCCUUUCCGUCGCAACCCCCACAGCAUGGAACCACAGGUUACUCUAAAUGUGACUUUUAAAAAUGAAACUCAAAGCUUUCUAGUUUCUGAUCCAGAAAAUACAACAUGGGCUGAUGUGGAAGCUAUGGUAAAAGUUUCAUUUGAUUUGAACACUAUUCAAAUAAAAUACCUGGAUGAGGAAAAUGAAGAGGUAUCCAUCAACAGUCAAGGAGAAUAUGAAGAAGCACUUAAGAUGGCAGUUAAGCAGGGAAACCAACUGCAGAUGCAAGUCCAUGAAGGCUAUCGUGUUGUCUACGAAGCCCCACCCCCAGUUGGAGGAGAGAAACGACCAGUUGCAAGGACAGGGAAGAAGCCACUUGCACAUUAUUCUUCACUGGUGAGAGUCUUGGGAUCAGACAUGAAGACCCCAGAGGAGCCUGCAGCACAGCAGUUUCCACCUGCUCCAUGUGACGCAGACCAGCCUCAAGACAAGCCCCCAGACUGGUUCACAAGCUACCUAGAGACAUUCAGAGAGCAAGUGGUUAAAGAAACGGUUGAGAAGCUUGAACAGAAAUUACGUGAGAAGCUUAUCCUCCAGAAUCCAUCCUUGGGUUCCCGUCCCUCAGAAGUCUCAAUGCCCAUUUCAGAGGAAACACUGUUUUUGCCAGAAAACCAGUUCAACUGGCAUAUUGCUUGCGGCAGCUGCCAAAGGAGGAUCGUUGGUGUGCGCUACCAGUGCAGCCUCUGCCCAUCCUACAAUAUCUGUGAAGAUUGUGAAUCGGGGCCAUAUGCCCAUGACGCCAACCAUGUCCUGCUGAAGUUGCGGAGACCUGUUGUGGGUUCCUCUGAACCCUUCUCUCACUCGAGGUUCUCUACUCCUCGUCUUCCUGCUGCUCUGGAACAGGCCAGGCUCCAGAAACAGGUUGACAAGAACUUUCUUAAAGCAGAAAAGCAAAGGUUGCGAGCUGAGAAGAAACAGCGUAAAGCAGAGGUCAAGGAACUUAAAAAGCAGCUUAAACUCCACAGGAAGAUUCAUCUGUGGAAUUCGAUCCAUGGGCUCCAGAGCCCCAAGUCUCCUUUGGGCCGACCCGAGAGCCUGCUGCAGUCUAACACCCCAGUGCUCCCUUUGCAGCCCUGUGCCUCAGUUAUGCCAACCCUCAGUGCAGCAUUUGUGGAUGAGAAUUUGCCUGAUGGGACUCACCUCCAGCCAGGAACCAAGUUUAUCAAACACUGGAGGAUGAAAAAUACAGGAAAUGUAAAGUGGAGUACGGACACAAAGCUCAAGUUCAUGUGGGGAAACCUGACUUUGGCUUCUACAGAAAAGAAGGAUGUUUUGGUUCCCUGCCUAAAGGCUGGCCAUGUGGGAGUUGUGUCUGUGGAGUUCAUUGCCCCAACCCUGGAGGGAACAUACACUUCCCAUUGGCGUCUUUCUCACAAAGGCCAGCAGUUUGGGCCUCGGGUCUGGUGCAGUAUCAUAGUGGAUCCUUUCCCCUCCACAGAGAGCCCUGAUAACGCUGAAAAGAGCAUGAUCAGCUCAAGCAAAGGUGAUGAUCUCACCUGCCAGCAAGAGGAAGCUCUUCUUCCGGCUAAAGAAGAAAUUCCACCUGGUGAAACAACUGAGCAGACAGAAGGGACAGGAACCUGCAUCCCACAGAAGGCCAAAAAUGCUGCCAGCGAGAGGGAGCUCUACAUCCCAUCUGUGGAUCUUCUGACUGCCCAGGACCUGCUGUCCUUUGAGCUGUUGGAUAUAAAUAUUGUCCAAGAGUUGGAGAGAGUGCCCCACAACACCCCUGUGGAUAUGACUCCCUGCAUGUCUCCUCUGCCACAUGACAGUCCUUUAAUAGAGAAGCCAGGCUUGGGGCAGAUACAGGAAGAGAGUGAAGGGGCGGGAUUUAAAGAACUUCCUGAUUCCACAGUGUCAGUAAAGAAGAGGGCUGAGAACAUUUCUUCAGUGGAGGAAGCAGAAGAUGACCUGAGUGGGACCCAGUUCGUGUGUGAGACUGUAAUCCGAUCCCUUACCUUGGAUGCUGCCCCAGAUCACAAACCACCUUGCAGACAGAAGUCCACACACAGGGCAGAAUUUCAGUUGUAUGCCACAGAGGAACAGCAGCCAGUUGUACUGCCUGGAUUCUGCAGUAAGAAGUCUUCUUUGAAAUUUGCCUCACCCAAAGAGGGACCACUUGGAGACGAGAGGGAAGAGAUUGUCCGUAUUGUUGAAGAAGAAGCUGUCGUGGAGGAGGAGGAGGAUGAGCUCAAAGAUGAAGUUCAGAGUCAGUCCUCUGCUUCUUCGGAGGAUUACAUCAUCAUCCUGCCCGAGUGCUUUGACACCAGCCGCCCCCUGGGGGACUCCAUGUACAGCUCUGCCCUCUCACAGCCAGGCCUGGAGCGAGGGGCUGAAGGCGAGCCUGGGGUUGAGGCUGGGCAGGAACCAGUCGAGGCUGGGGAGAGACCCCCUGGAGGGGAGAACCAGCCACAGGGGCACAGCAUCAAUGACAUCCUUAUGACCUCACAGACUCUGGACACAGUGCCCCUGACCCCAGAGGUGGUAGGGCCUCCGCCACGGCUGCCCAGGAGUCCUCCGUAUGCACAGCAUCAUGGUUCCCCAGGAGUGGAUUUACCAGUUACCGUACCAGAAGUUUCUUCAGUCCCUGAUCAGAGCAGAGGAGAGCUCAGAGGCUCAUCAGGACUUGUAAACAGCAGACAGAAGAGCUAUGACCACUCAAGGCACCACCACGGGAGCAGCAUUGCUGGAGGGCUGGUGAAGGGGGCUUUGUCUGUUGCCGCCUCUGCAUACAAGGCCUUGUUUGCUGGACCACCAGUCACUGCACAGCCAAUAGUUUCCGAAGAUCAGACAGCAGCCCUGAUGUCCCAUCUCUUUGAAAUGGGAUUCUGUGACAGGCAGCUAAACCUAAGGCUGCUGAAGAAACACAAUUACAACAUCCUGCAGGUUGUGACAGAACUCCUUCAGAUCAACAACAACGACUGGUAUAGCCACCGCUACUGAGGAGUGACCUCGUAUUAAAUAACUUUGCCUGCUGCUCAGAGACGAUCUUUAUUCUGUUUUUGGGGUGUGGGGUGGAGGCCCUUGCUUAUUUUUUAAUCUGAUGAAUCUACAUAGAGCCCAUCAUUGAACUAUCAAGACAAUACCUGCCUUGCAGUAUUUUUUGGAGCAAAUCAAGGGCCAGAACUUAAAUUUUCACUUUAGACAUUAGAUGAAUUGUAGGAAGAGCAUUUUUCAAUUGAUCUGGAUAAAACUCUUCUCCGUUUUAGUGCAUUGAAAAGUGCAACUUAAACUUCCUAUAGAACCAUUUUUCUUUCUGCUUGUAUUGAAGUUGAGUAUUUUUCUUUGCUUAAUGUGGAUGUUUUUAUGAGGAUAUCUGUUAAUUGUCAGUUUAUAAAAGAAGUUAACCUUGGAAGUUGUUUUCAAGAAUUAUUCUCAUAAUUUUUCUAACCUAUCCCAAGCUUCUUAGCUGUGUGGUAUUAAAAUAACACCCAGGGCGCGAUAGGAAUUUUGUUCCUCUUGCCUUCUCAAGGAGAAAGUCGUUCCCCUACAAGUCUUAGUAACCGGCACUGUUGUUUUUCUAAAGACCCCCAGUGAUGCAUUUAAGAAUAUCCACCUUCUGGUCUCUGCACUUCUGAAAAAGGAGCAGGGAGUGUGCUCAUUAACCCACCAGCACCUGUUGAGCAGUGUCUAUUGUAGCAAUUUUGCAUACAUUUUAUUUUAUUUAAGGGAAAAAAUUUAGGUAGUGUGAAAUAUUUUGCUAAUCCUAUAAAGAAGGAAAGAAGCUCUUCUAUUAAAGGGAAAAGUAAGUUUAACAGUUAUCUUUUUUCUUUAUGUCAGGGGGCAGGUCUUAUUUACAGUAGAGUGGGCGGGGGUGUAUAGGAACAUGAGAAAAGUGAAAGGCAGGCUCCUGCGUGAAUCUCAGUAAAGUUCAGGGGUGGGCAAAUGAGUGGGUGUGAGGCUUAGGAAAUCCUGAUGGCCUCCUGAAUGUUUGAAAUCUGUCCAAGAGAACUUAAAACAAGAAAAAGAGGCUGGUGUUCUACAAGACUUGGAUGGGAGCAAACGCACUGAAAAAGUUUUGGUUUAACCCCAGGGUAAGUGAGUGGGAAGGAGCUUGCUUACAGGGGUCCUGGUCCUCACUGUUUACAGAAGGGAGUCUCGGGUACAGCUGGUAAAGAGGUAACAAAAAACACUACAGAUUUUAGUCAUAAAAAUUACUUGCAGAAAAAGAAGAAUCUGACCCCCAGCCUGAAGGGGGAAGGAUAGUAAAAUAGUAUUACUUAACCUGGUUUGGUAUUAUAAUGAAUGGUGAUUUAAAUUAAUCAUUGGCCAUAAUGAUGUUUAUUUACAGUGUAACUCUUGAAUGCUGUUAAAUAAGCCAGGAUUCAGACUGCAAGCCAACCAGCCUGUUUAUUAUUUAAAACGUUUUUAUGGGGGCUUCUGGGUAGAGGCUGAGCGGCAGGGUGUGUGUAAUUAAUUCGGUUGAUUUGGGACGGGAUCUGUCUUGACCAUCUGAGUUGAAUUGUAGGGGUCCAGUCGUCUGUACCAUUGUACUUGUACCUAACCGCUUAAGGAAUGGUGAAAUAAACUUUGAAACUCCUA